UGGGCUCAACCGUCGAAGAAGAAGAAGCGCGAGCUCCUGAAGAAGAAGGAGGAAGUGCUUUUGAUUGUUUUCGACUUUUGGGCGUGAAACGACAGACAGGAUCACAAUAUCACUAUGAACCUGGAGCGACUACCCAAUGAGGAGAAACUCAGCCUUUGCAGAAAAUAUUAUCUAGGAGGCUUUGCAUUUCUCCCCUUCCUGUGGCUCGUCAAUGUUGUUUGGUUUUUUCAGGAGGCCUUUGUAAAGCCAGCCUACACUGAGCAGUUACAGAUAAAAACAUAUGUGAAGCGUUCAGCGCUGGGGUUACUGUUAUGGGUAGCAGUACUCACCACGUGGAUCACUAUAUACCAGCACUUCAGAGCAGAGUGGGGGGAGGUGGGAGAUUACCUCUCCUUUACAAUUCCGCUUGGUAUCCCUUGAGGCUUUUCUUUUUUUUUUUAAAGUGAGACACCUUUUCAGCAAAACUAAUGAUCCACUGUAAUGGACCAAAGAAUUUUCCUCCCUGAACAUCACUGAAUUAUUUUGACAGUUUUCCUGGUUUCUGGUCAACUAAAUCCAACUCAGUGGAUGAAUAAAUGUUAUCUGUCUUCAGAAGCUAGAAAUAAAAAAGGCUGUAGGACUCAAAACCAGCGCUUGCCAAGGCAUUUGAGGAAGUUCUUUGAUUUUAGACUAGACUCGUUCAUCUUUAGAAACAGGCAGUGUUUAUGAUCAUAAACAUUUUGUAAUGAUAAUGCUUGAUGUGGACUCUGUUAAGAUAAUGAACAACUCACUAAUGUAUUUUUCUUGUCUUUAAACUGUUUAUUGUGGUAUGGUAUGAUUGUACACUAUUUUUACUUAAGUGUGAAUGAAUAAAAAAAAAUGUCCACAA